CGUUGCGUUACCCUGGCCACGACAGCCCAUGCACAAUCCAUCCAAUCAGCGCUUGCCCAAGCCAUCGUGAAGUCGCUCUCGUGCUUUCCCACCAGUUGCCGGUAGCCGGCCACUGCAAGUUUCGCCGGCCGCCUUUAUCUUUCCCUCGUCGGGACUCUUGUUUUGACGUCUUGCUCGCCCGAGCAUCUACAGAGCCCAAUUCAACACGAAACAGGACUGCAUUGAUUUCGCAAGCCACUGCAUCUCCAGCUACAUUUCGUAGAGUUCAUCUUGAGCAUCAACUUCUGCAACCAACACAGAAUUCCUGCUUCACAAUGCGCCAGAACAUCCUGGUCGUGGCGCUCUCGGCGCUCACCGUCGCCAGCGCCCAGAGCAACUUCACGAUCAACCCCAACGAGGUCGAUCCUACAACUCGGUCCGAUUGGUGCCAGGCCGAGUACAACAGUUGCAAUCUCCUCUGUGGCAGCAACGUGCAGGAGAACGACUGCGCUCCGGACACCUUGAACUACACCUGCACCUGCUCCAACGGCUCGGCGCCAGGCCUGCAGUACUACAUCCAGACCAUGCCUACUUUCAUCUGCGAGCAAGCCUACUCGGACUGCAUUGAGCAGAACACGGGCAACUCGCGGGGCCAGGACAAGUGCAAGAGCGACAUCCAGGAGAAGUGCGGCACUCUGGACCCCACGAAGGCGCAGGUCGACAGCGGCUCGGACAGCAGCACUACUUCUGCCACCACCGCAGCCCCGUCGGCAACCGAGUCUACCGCCCAGAAUGCCCCGGCGUCCUCCACCUCGCGUGCUGGCGCCGCUGCGACCAAUUCCGCCUACAUCGGCAACGGUGCCGCCGUGGUCGCUGCCGGUCUCUUCGCUGCCUUGUUGUAGUAAGCGCGGCGGUCGAAGGGGAUGGUUAGCCGAUGGUCGCACAGAGUGUGACGAGUCGGUGCGGACAUCAUCGGGUUGGCUGUUUUGAAGUCUCAAUUCUUUUGUAUUCAUUUUUGCCUCGAUUUCCCUCUGGACAGGAAUCCACAUCGGCGACAGCAGGACCUGCAAGUACAUAGCCCCCCGCGACGUACUUGAUCGUCAGGAUACCGGGGCCCAAUGCGCACGAGAAGACGACGUUCCGGUUGAUGAUAUCAGGACCUUCGGAAGGGUGACGACAUUAUAGGCGUCUUAAUGGAGGAGGAAGGGGGAAGGUGUUCCCGGGGAAAGGUGUUUCAGGAGCUUUAGGCAGACCACUAUAUCCAUUGCUUUUCAGGUUCCCCAGACUUUUCCCGACGUGAUGUGCGGACAAAGAUGGCCAUGGGCCGUCUUAGUGUCUGGGGGGGACAAGGGCU